AUGGCUGCCCUCUCCUCUGCCCUGCUGUGCCUUGGUGCCCUGGGCUGCCUGUGGGGCCCAACGGUUGCAUUUGUGGAUUUCCAGGGCCGUUACUUCAUCACGGCUUUCUUGGAGAAUGGGGGCGCUGAGAAGCCCAGCUUCCGCCUGUACGUGUCGCCACCGACCAAGGGGCCCCCGACGGCGGUGCAAGUGAGGGCGCAGCCGGUGGGGGGACAGGCCUUUCGGCGCGCGCUGAGCCUGCAGCCAGGCACCACUGCCUUGGUGCGCCUGCCCAGCGCUGUGGAGCUGCGGGGCUCGCGGCGGGCGGCGGGGGGCGCGGUGCGCUUAGCCGCGUCGCGACCGGUGGGAGUGACCGUGGUGAACGCGCGUGGGCGCACUUCCCUAGACACGGCACUAGCGCUUCCGCGCCGCCUCCUGGGUACGCGCUACGUGGUGGUAACGCCGUCGCUGCAGCCCCACGACCGGCACAAGGAGUUUGCGGUGGUGGCCGGCGCUUGGCCCACGCGCCUACGCCUCACGCCGCCGGUGCCCAUCCUGCUGGAUGGCGUCGAGCAUGCUGCCGGCCGUCCCCUCCUCGUGCGCCUUGAGCCCUUCCAGGCGCUGCAGGUGCAGAGCGCAGGCGACCUGUCGGGCACCCGCGUCGUGGCCACUCAACCCGUCGCGCUGCUGGCUGGCCACAGUUGCCUGCAAGCGAGAAAUAAGGCCUGUGGCCACGUGUCCGAACAACUCCUGCCCCAGGAUUACUGGGGCCGCGUCUACGCCGUACCCCCGUUCGCGCCCGCGGCUCCCGGACCCAAAGACCACGUGUACGUGGUGGCGGACGGCCUGGGCAGCCUGAGCUUCUGGGGGGGCGGCGCCGAAGGGGCGCAGGCUCUGCGCAGCGGAGUCGUGAUGCACUUCGCGGUGGACCCAGUGCGCCCCCUGGUGCUGCGCUCCUCUGCCGGCCUGCAGGUGCUUUUCCUGGCCGCAGCUGCGGCCCGCGGGGGCGUCGCCUACAAGCCCUUCUUCGCUCUCUUGCCUCCGGUGGACGCGUUCAGCCGCAGCUUUGCGCUCACAGCGCAGCCGGGCUUUUCCAACGUGGCGGUGCUGCUGGCGCGCGAGCCCACCCCGGUGCUCCUUGAUCAGCAGCCGCUGCCCAACCUGCACUGGCGCCUAAUCCCCGGCGGCCCGGAACCGCGUCACGGGCAGCAUUCUGGUGAAAGCCAGGCCGCCGCUCCGGGUUUCGUCUGGACCGAGGUGGCAUAUGGACCUGAGCCCGGAGUGGUGCACUUCCUGGAGACUCGCGGGCUGCCCGUGGGCGUGCUCAGCUUCGGCACCGGCCCUGGCGCGGGCUUCGGGACCCAGGCCAUGGGGCAGCCAAGAGAGGCUGAACCAGAGUCCAAACCCAAGACAGUGUCUAAGGCUGGGUCAGAAACCAUCUCAGCAGCCAAGCUGGGGCUCAAGGUGGUGGCAGUGACUGACCCAGGCUUAGAGGCUGUGACGAUGGCAAAGCAAGAACUUGAAACUGUGGCUGGGUCCAAAAUGGUGUCUGAGGCCAAGUCGGAGACACUGUGGAUCGCCAGCUCUGGAGAGAGGCAGCCCAUGCACUUUGUCACGAUGCGCAUCUUUGGUGUCACUAUCACUGCUGUCAAGCAUGAGUUCGGCUUUGUCCAGGUGAACCAGCAGCGGCUCCGGCUCCCGGCGACGCUGCACGACGGAAGGCUGCGGUUGCAUUUCCGCAGCUCAGAACUAUGGGCAGAGGCAGGUCUGGAGCAUGAGCCGCCCGCGCUGCGCCUGGUGUACGACUGGCAGCACGCGCUGUCUCUGCAAGUGACCAACGGCUACCGUGCGCACCUGGUGGGCCUGUGCGGCAACUUCAACGGCGACCCGACAGACGAUGUGGGAGGUCCGGACCCGCGAGCUUUCUUGCGCACUUGGGCCCUGCAGCCUCCGGAUGCGCCGUGCCACGCCCUCUGGGCUGCUCCUUGCGCCAAGCCAGCGGCCCCACCGGAGACCCCGGGGCCCUGCGCCAUCCUGGCAGCUCCGAAGGGGCCCUUUAGCCCCUGCCACGACGUGUUGCUGCCUGCGCCCUUCGAGACCAGCUGCAGUGCUUGGAUCUGUCCCCUUCCCAACUACCGACCUGCGCUUUGCUUGACCCUCCAGUUCUACGCGCACGCGUGUCAGCGCCUGGGUGUCAGCAUCAACUCCUGGAGAUUCCAGACUGGCUGCCCCAUCGAGUGCCCCCACAACAGCCACUACGAGCCGUGUGGCUCCUCCUGCCCAGAGACGUGCAUGGGUCGGUUGGGAGCGUCGUGCCCGCUGCCCUGCGGGGAAACGUGCGCCUGUGAUGCCGGCUACGUUCACAGCGGCCCUGACUGCGUCCUGCGGCGCCCGGGGCUUGAUGGCUGUGGCUGCACGCACCAGGGACGUCUGCUGGGACCAGGCGAGACCUUAUGGGAGGGCGUGGGCUGCACGCGCCGCUGCGUCUGCCCAGCUUCAGGAGGGAGCGUGAUCUGCACCCAGGCCGGUUGCAGGCCAGGUGAGCGCUGCAUUCUGUCACUCGGCCUGCGCACGUGUGUGCCCUCGAGCAUGGGGACAUGCGUGGCGGCCGGCGGAGGCCACUACAUCACCUUCGAUGGACGCCGGUUUCGCUUUCCCGGCUCUUGCGUGUACCUGCUGAGCGGCCUUAGUUCUCCAGCGCCGCAGGAACUGGCGGACUUCCGUGUGCUCCUGGGCACCGGUCCUGAUGGCCUCCCGGGUAGCCUCGAAGUGCUCGUGUCUGGGUGCCACCUGAGGCUGGACCCCAAGGAACCCGGUCGUGUCCUGGUGAAUGGAGACUGGCAGAAUCUACCAUUCCAGGCUGUGAGCAACAGUACCCUCAUCUUUCGCCAUGGCUGGGACACUGUGGUCAGCUGCCCCUUUGGCCUGCGGGUGACCUAUGCCCCCGGGAUCCGCGUGGUAGUGGAUCUUCCAGCAGCAUAUAUGGGCCAUGUGGUGGGGCUGUGUGCUGACUACAAUGGGGAUCCCAUGGAUGACCUCCAGGUGCCUGGAAUUGUGCUGGGCACCAAGCUGCCUGAGGAUGCAUUGGUUUGGGCCUUUGGCCAUAGCUAUCUGGUGGGUUCCCCGACUGGGUGCCCGGAUGCUGCUGACAAGAUGCCGCCACUGCCACCAUCCUGUGUCACCCUGCGGACCACCAGCACCCCAGCCCACUUUGCCCACAUCUGUGACAUCCUCUUGGACCCCCUGGGGCCCUUCCAGCUGUGCCAUGAGAUGCUGGCACCAGGUCCCUAUGUCCAAGAUUGUAUGGUGGAUGUAUGUCUAGGCAUUGGACCCUGCCCCAUGCUCAGCCUCUACUGUGAAACUUGCCAGCUGCUGGGUGGCCAAGUCUUCCCCUGGCGGAAGUCGAGUCUGUGCAGGCGCCAGCUCAUCCCUGCACAGUGUAUCCCUGAGACCCUGUACUUCCCACUGAGCCAGCCUCCACCCAUCCCUCCACCCCGAGACUGGCCCAUCCAGUGUCAGGCCUACUCUGACGAAAGCCCCCUGUGCCCCGCACACUCGCGCUACACGCUGUGCGCUCCGGCUUGCUCAGCCACUUGCGCGGGGCUGAAGCCACCGCCUGGCUGCGACGGCCCUGGGCUCUGCCGCGAGGGCUGCGUGUGCGACGCGGGCUUUCUGCUGAGUGGCGCCGACUGCGUGCCCGCGGCUCAGUGCGGCUGCCUGAGCGCCGGCCGCUACUUGGAACCCGGCGCGCCGCUGUCGUCCCCGCACCCCGCGACCAGCCGCUGCUGCCGCUGCCGCCCUGGCGGCCGGGUGGUCUGCAAACCCUGCCGCUCAGCCCCGGGCGGCCCAGGCCUCUGCCUCGCCUCAGACGGACUCCGUUACCGCACCUUCGACGGCACCACCUUCCACCUCCCGGGCGCCUGCACCUCUUCGUUGGUGAGCACGGGCACGGGCCGCCUUCGGGGUGUGUGGCCCUUCGAGGUGGUGCUGGAGAAAAGCCCACGGACGCCCGAGCGCCGCCGCGCGCUGCUCUGCGUGCACGGCCACCGCUUCGGCCUAGACUGGGAGGACUGGGGAUACAUCACGGUGGACGGCGUGCGGCGCUGCCUGCCCUUCCAGCUGACCGAGGGCAGGGUGCGCGCCUUCGCGCGGGGCGCCUCGGUGGUGCUCGCGGUGCGUGGGGGCCCGCGCCUGCUUUUCGGGCCCGGUGGCCACCUGAGCGUGGAGCUGCCUGCGGCCUACCGCGGCCUCACGCGCGGCCUCUGCGGCAACUUCAACGGCAAGGCGUCGGAUGACCUGCAGCUGCCGAGGCCCGGGCCCUGCGCGGCGCCACGUCCCUGCCCGGGUUCGGGCUGUCCACCGGCCGCCGAGGCCGCGGGCGCAGACGCAGCGUGGCGUGGCUCUUGCGGCCUCCUGCGCGAGCCCGGCGGCCCGCUGGCACCCUGCCACGCACUUCUGCCGCCCGAGCCCUUCUUCCAGGCCUGCGUGGCCGACAUGGGCCGCGCCGGCGGGAACCGCAAAGUGCUCUGUGCCUUCCUGCAAGCCUACGUGGCUGCCUGCCAGACGGCUGGUGCGGAUAUGAGGCCCUGGAGGGCUCCCAGCUUUUGCCCCAUGCGGUGCCUCCACAACAGCCACUACAGUCUGUGUGUGAACCCCUGCCCUGCGGCCUGUCCCGGCGUUCAGGAAGUGGUGCAGCUCCCCACUCCCUGUGCUGAGGGCUGCGAGUGUGAGGAUGGAUUCUUCCCAGCUGGGCGUGACUGCGUCCCCGCGGACCACUGUCCUUGCUUCCACCAUGGCCAGUACUUCCCUCCUGGCCAGACAGUCCUCAUCCAGAAUUGCUCCUCCUCCUGUACCUGCCAACUAGGGGAGGGUGUGGCCUGUGUCCCCUUCAGCUGCCCUGUGGAGGAGGUCUGUGGCAUCACAGAUGGAGUCCUAGGCUGUCGAUUGCAAGCCACCUUGGCCCCUGUGCCGAGCUCUGUGGCCCCACCACUGGUUUCCCCACCUUUCCCACCCCUGCUCCCCAGCCCCAGUCCUCAGUGCCCAGAAAACUCCCGCUUUGUUCCAUGUGGCUCUGCAUGCCCAGCCACAUGUGCCAACCCCGCUGCCCCAGAUCACUGUAGCCACCCGUGUGCUCCGACCUGCCAGUGCCUACCUGGCUACCUGCUGCUAGGGGGCCGAUGUGUGCCCCGUGACCACUGCUCCUGCUUCCUGCACCAAGGCCGGACUUUCUGGAGAGACAACUGUACUCAGCAAUGCCACUGCCCGACCCUUGGUGCCCUGGUGAGCAAGCUUCCCCAGUGUUGGCCUGACAAGUGCCAUGGUCACUGCAAGGCCUCCACGGGUGGCUGGUACCACUGCCUGUUAGCCCAGUCCCCACCCGGUCCCACUGUCCUGGAAAAGUCACCGGUCUGCAUGGCCACUGGAGACUUCCACUUCCACACAUUUGGAGGAACCCACUAUGAAUUCCCUGGCUCCUGUGUCUACCGCCUGGUGGGUCUCUGUGGCACAGCCCAUGCCAACCUUCAGCCCUUCAGCCUGGAUUUGACCCCACUGCUGCGGCCACGUGGCUGGACCAAGGCCCUGACCCUCUUAGCCUGUGGCCUGAGGCUGGACAUGAGUCCAAAAGAUCUCAACCACAUCCGGGUGGAUGGAAUUCUGGAAUCGCUGCCUUUCUUUCACGGCCACUGCCUCCGUGCCUACUACCAAGGCCGCCAACUCUGCGUAGACACGGACUUCGGCCUCUCCCUGACCUACGAUUGGGACAGCCUGGCACGUGUAACGCUGCCGAGGCUCUAUGGACCCUACCUGUGCGGACUCUGUGGCCAGCACGGCCCGAGCAGCCCCACCGUGCAGGUGCCCGACACCUGGAAGGUGGCAGAAGUGCCGGGCUGUGGCCCAUUCUGCGGGUCCCUCUGUCCCAGCCCGUGCCCAGUGGCCAAGCGCAUUCUAUUCGCUGGAGACGCGUACUGCGGGCUGCUGGCGGCGGCCGAGGGUCCCUUCGGGCCAUGCUACGCCGCGCUGGACCCGCUCCCGUUCAUGGACAACUGCCUGGACGACGUGUGUCGCCACUACGGCGCUCGUCACAUCGUCUGCCGAGCCCUGGCCGCCUUCACUGUCGCCUGUCAGGCUCUGGGCGUGCACCUGCGGCCCUGGAGGACGCCUGACUUCUGUCCCUUGCGGUGUCCGCCGCACUCGCACUACGAGCUGUGCGGCCCGUGCUGCCCAGUCACGUGCGCUGGCAGAGAGAGCUGCCCCGGCCGCGGCGCCAGCGGCAGCCGCUGCUGUGAAGGCUGCGUGUGCGACGCGGGCUUCGUGCUUAGCGGCGCCGCCUGCGUGCGGGAGGCCAAGUGCGGCUGCUUCCGCGCCGGCCGCUACCGAGCUCUGGAGGCAGUGUGGUACCCCGGGCCCCGCUGCGCGCGCCGCUGCCACUGCGGCCCCGGCGGCGCGGUGACGUGCGCGCCGCGGCCGUGCCGGCGCGGGCGAGUGUGCGGCCUGCGCGGAGGCGAGCGCCAGUGUCUCCCCGAAGGCCGAGGCAGCUGCGCCCUCGCCGGGCCCGCGCACGUGCUCGCCUUCGAUGGCCGCGUGCUCACGCUGCCCCCGCCGGCGCCCUCCCCUUCUGAGCCCUGCCUCCACGUGCUGGCCCGCACUGCAAGCCGGGGGCCCUGUCCCUUCAGCCUAGACGUGGCCCGCGAUGGGGCCGGGCUGCUCAGCCUGCACCUCAACCUCUCCGGGCACCACCUGCAGCUAGACCGCACCCUUGUCGGCGUCAUCACGGUGGAUGGUGAGCACUGCCAGCUGCCCUGGGUAUGGGCAGAGGGCAGGGCCUGGGCCACGUUGGAGGGCCGCCAUGUGGUGGUGUACACGGCCUGUGGGCUACAUCUCAUGUAUGACUGGGGCAGCCAGGUGCGCCUAACUGUGCCUUCCACCUUCCACGGCCAGCUGGUGGGGAUCUGUGGGGCCUUUGGUGGCAAAGUUGGCCCCCUUGACCUGCCUCUAGACAAAAGAUCCUGGCCCAAGGGCCUGGUCACUAACCCCUGCCCGCUGCCCCAGCCCAAUCUUGACUUUAGCAUCAGCUGCCCCACACAACUUGCCCAGAUCGUCAAUGCUUCCAAACUGUGUAGACUUCUACGGGCACCAGAUGGUCCCUUUGGCCGCUGCCUGGGCCAUAUCAGCCCCAGGCCUUUCCUCAGGAUAUGCCUGCAAGACAUAUGUCAUACCCAUGGCCAGCACCUUGGUCUCUGUGAUGCCCUCACUGCCUUUACUGCAGCCUGUCAGGAAGCUGGCAUCCCUGUGAAGCUCUGGAGGGGCCCCAAGCUUUGCCCCAUGGUUUGUCCACCCCGAAGCCACUACAGCAUCUGCGCACGGACCUGUGAUGGAGGCUGUGUCCAGCCUACCAGCCCUGCACACUGUUCUACCCAAUGCUAUGAGGGCUGCCAGUGUGACCCUGGACUCAUUUUUGAUGGCACAGACUGUGUGUCUCAGGACCACUGCGGCUGCUUUGACCGUGGACGCUACAUCCCUGUUGGGGAGGCACUGGUCCUACCUGGCUGCCAGGAACGCUGUAUGUGCUUGCGUGGUCAAGGCCUCCAGUGCCAGCCCUUUUCCUGCCCACAGGGCACAGGCUGCAUCCUGGAUGGGGGUGUGCGGUGCUGUGAGGCUGGGGAGGGUGCUACAUGCCGCCUAGAGCCAGGGGGCCUCUUCAUCACCUUUGAUGGCUUCAGUGGGCUCACACCCGUGCCUGUUACAUCCUGUGCCUAUGAGCUAGCCACAUUGGUGGGUUCCAGGCCUGAGGAUCCUGACUGGUUCCAUGUCAUUGCUGACUUCCUGCCCUGUCCUGGCUGCACUGCUCACAAACCACGAGUGAUCAUCGGCUUCAGGGAUGGCUGUGCAGCUGUGGGAACCAAUCAGGAAAUAUGGGUGAACGGACAACCCGCGCGGCUCCCAGCCCAAGUAUGCAGGGGCGUGGUCGCACGCUGGGCGGAGGGCUCCCGGGUUGUCAUCGAGCGGUCCCCCACGCUGCGGGUGCUGGUGGGGCCCGAGGGGGCCGUGGCUCUGCGGGCCUCCCCCGCGCUCCGAGGACGCCUCCGAGCAGCCUGCGGAGACUACAAUGGAAUUGCAGCCGACGACCUGAUACUCCCAGGAGGACUCCGGGGUGCCAGCCUAACCGACGUGUUCCAGGCGUGCCGAGCUCGGGGCUUCAGCAACUGCACGGAGAAGCUUGUCAUGCCAGCCGUGACACAACACUUCACCGCCUGACGCCGUCCCUCUGUGUGUCCCCAUGGCUGGGACCUCCCGACGCACACCUGCCCUGGGGAUGGGAACCCACGGACCUCCCCGAGAUUGUUUUAAUAAAUAACUUCUGACCAAACC